AUGGCGGCUUUGGGGGAGGAUAUGGAGGAUAUGGGGGCUAUGGUGGUGGCUACGGUGAUGACUACGGGUAUGGAUGGUCUCCGUACGACGAGUAUGGGUAUAGGCAAUCUCGGCGCCAACGAAGGCAUUCGAUGCACGAGGGCUAUCCAGGAGCUGGCUCUUCCAGGCGCCGACGCGGACGCGAUUCUUCUUGGUAUUACAAUGAAGAUGGAGGAGGAAGAGGAGUGCAUUUUGACCUUCCGGAUGAUCAUGAUUAUGCGCGCGAAUUCUCUGGGCAUAGGAGACGCCAUCGCCGUCAUCACUCUGGGCGCUCAAGAUCCGGCUCUUUCGGUGGUUAUGGAUCAGAUUACUACUAUUCUGGUGGCUCAGAAUCAUACCAUCCCGACUUCGCAGGGCGACACAGGAGUCAUAGCCAUCCUUCCGGAUCCCGAGCCCAUUCUGAAUAUGGAUACGAUGACUACGGUGAAAGUGGACGGAGACGCCAUCAUCACCACCGCCGGAGAAGUCACGGCCAUCACAGCGACCACUCGAGUCAUUGGUAUUCUAAUAGCCCAUUCAACCGAUCAAGCCACCGACACGCCCAACAUCCAUCCGGGUGCGUGCUCAGCUGAUACUUUUUGAAUGUUUCGAGGGACGUUUGGAGGGCUGGUCCUGCCAUAGUCGAGAUAUACAAAUAAUAUACUCCUUCGGGCUGGUCCCGUUGUCUUAAUCUGGAAUGAAAGCUUUUCACUGUUUGGUACUCCGUGUGUCUUUCGCAAUCAAAGUAGAAGUGCAGGUUUUCCGAG